GUGGCUCAGGGAGAGUUAGUGCAGCCUAGGCAGCUGGGGACCAAGGGCAACCUUACACAUCCCGGCAAUCACAUGUAAGGAUUUUAGCUGCUCUGACUGGUGUGUGGACAAAACAUCAUUCAUCUGCCUCCAAACUGCCCAGUGGCUCUGCUUCCCCUGCCAUUCCUCUUCUUGAAGUGGCUUCCUGGGCUUAGAGAGCACAUUCACUUAGACUUUCAGAAGCUGAAGCCAGGAAAUGGACUCAGUGGUUGUUGAGGAUGUGGCUGUGGACUUUACACAGGAAGAGUGGGCAUUGCUGGAUCUUUCUCAGAGGCAACUCUACAGAGAUGUGAUGAUGGAAAUCUUCAGAAGCCUGGCCUCAGUAGCUUCUCAAAACCUUAGUGACGGAGACAAGCUAUCCACUGAAAAUAUAAUAGUACGAUUCAUGAAAAAUGACACCUGGUUCUCGAUGGUAGGAGAAAUCUGUGAAUUGCCUGGCACUGAAGAUCAGAAUAACAACCAGAAAACACAUGUGAGUAACAAAUUUGUGUCCAACAUCAUGCUGCCUAUUUUUAACAGGAGGCGUAUGUUAGAGAACCUCUGUGAAAGUAAUGAAGACAAUCAUUGUGGACAGACCUUCAGCCAGAUUCCAAAUCUUUCUGUGCUCAAAAGAACUCCUAUGGAAACACAUCUCUCUGAAAGCCUUGAGUGUGGAAAAUCCUUGAUGAAUCAUUCAUCACUUAAGCAUCAUAACAAAUCUCCCUCUGGAUGCAGUGCCUGUCAGUGUAAGGAAUGUGGAGAAGCCUGCAGUUGUCCCUCUUACCUCAGCACUGCAGUGAGAACUCUUACUGGACAGAAAUCCUAUGAAUGUAAAAAAUGUGGCAAAGCCUUUAGUUACUCCUCACACCUCACUUCACAUAUAAGAACUCACAGUGGUGAGAGGCCUUAUGAAUGUAAGGAUUGUGGCAAAGCCUUUAGUCAGUCCUCACACCUCACUUCACAUAUAAGAACUCACAGUGGUGAGAAGCCUUAUGAAUGUAAGGAAUGUGGGAAAGCCUUUAGUCGGUCCUCAAACCUCACUUCACAUGUAAGAACUCACAGUGGUGAGAAGCCUUAUGAAUGUAAGGAAUGUGGCAAAGCCUUUAGUCGGUCCUCACACCUCACUUCACAUAUGAGAAGUCACAGUGGUGAGAGGCCUUAUGAAUGUAUGGAAUGUGGGAAAGCCUUUUGUCGCUCCUCGCACCUCACUUCACAUGUAAGAACUCACAGUGGUGAGAGGCCAUAUGAAUGUAGGGAAUGUGGCAAAACCUAUUGUUACUCGUCAAACUACAUUAUCCAUAUGAGAACUCACAGUGGUGAGAGGCCUUAUGAAUGUAAGGAAUGUGGGAAAGCCUUUCGUGGGUCCUCAUACCUCACUUCACAUAUGAGAAGUCACAGUGGUGAGAGGCCUUAUGAAUGUAAGGAAUGUGGCAAAGCCUAUAGUUACUCCUCACACCUCAACUACACUAAACAUACGAUAACUCACAGUGGUGAGAGGCCUUAUGAAUGUAAGCAAUGUGGCAAAGCCUUUCGUCGGUCCUCGCACUUCACUGCACAUAUGAGAACUCACAGUGGUGAAAGGCCUUAUGCAUGUAAGGAAUGCAGCAAAGCCUUUUGUCAGUUCUCACAGCUCACUAGACAUAUAAGAAUUCACAGUGGAGAGAGGCCUUCAGUAAGGAAUGUGGGAAAACCUUUAGUUAUUCCUUAUUCCUCACUGCAUACAUAAGGAAUCACCCUGGAGACAAAUAUGUUGAAUAUACAGAAUGUGGGAAAUUUUGUUGUGAUUCCUCAAACCUCAGUAAUCAUAUAA